AUGACUAAUGUUUUAAAUCGUAGUGCCAGGUAUGCAGCAACCAGUAGCCAUCACCAAGGAGGACCAAUGACUGUUAGUGAUACUGCACCUGUAACCAAACUUCCGACGGUUGUAAUGGAUGCAGUAAGAGAACUUGGUUAUAAAGAGAAAGACAUCAAUGACGGAGAAAUGCUUGGAUUCAUGAGAGCGCAGACAACAGUUUCCCAAGAUGGCCGCCGUCACCAUACUGCGAAUGCAUUUUUACAUCCUGCUGAAAACAGAAAGAACCUAACUAUACGUGCAAAUUCCGUUGCGUGCAAGAUCUUAUUUGACGGACUUCGUGCUGUUGGAGUAAAAUACAGGAGCCGAUUCACAGAUACUGAAGUAUAUGCAAACAAAGAAAUCAUUCUGUGUGCUGGCACUAUUGCUUCAUCACAGCUUCUAAUGUUAUCUGGGGUAGGACCAAGAAAUCAUUUAGAAAAUCUUGGAAUUUCUGUAAUAGCAGAUCUGCCUGUUGGAAAGAAUCUUCAAGAUCACUUGAUCCUUGUGCCUAUGCGAAUUUCAGGACCUGAGACAUUGCCACCGCCAGAUCCCAAAUGGCCGGAUAUUCAAUUGCAUUGCCAAAUUGGAUAUUAUCAUCGAGGUCCAAAUGAGAAUAGAUUUCUGAAUUUCUCUGAAAUGUUUGCUAAACCGUUACAACAUGAUAUCUCUUUUGAAGAGCGUGCAAAAAAGAGUGGCCUGGCACUCAUGGUGAUGAUUUGUCGCCCUAAGAGUGUAGGAGAAAUCCGAUUACGAACAACCAAUCCUUUUGAUCAUCCUAUUAUUGAUCCACAAUAUCUUUCACAUCCUUCUGAUGUCAGAACAAUGAUAGAGGGUUGCAGGUUUUCUAAGAAAAUGACUGAAACGAAGGCAUUUAAAAAGUAUGGUGCUGAAGCAGAGUAUUAUAACUUUCCGAACUGCAGUCAUCCAUUUGAUUCUGAUGGAUACUGGGAGUAUGUUGUACGACACGCAUCAACCUCAGUGUAUCACACAGUUGGUACAUGUAAGAUGGGAGCAGUAAAUGACCCUACAGCUGUAGUUGAUUCAUCAUUAAGAGGAUGUGCGUCAUUGUCUAGUGGGGUAAUUGAAAAUAUCUGUUUGGAAUAUGGAUGA